GUUUCAAUUCAACCGAGUGAAAUGAAAACAGCGAGCGUUUACGCAAGCGAGUGUUCCCUUUUGAAAAUCAAGUGUGACAAUUACUAUAAACGGGAAAUAAGUUAGUUUCGACAAGUGCUGACGAGCCUCCCUUAAAAAGUAACCGACUGUGCGAAAAAAAUAUAAAAAUCCAAAAAAAAUAUACAAAAAAGCUUAAAAAUUUCACCAAAAAAGUAAAAAAUACUAACUAAGCAAAAUGCCUCAGGUUUUUGAACAAGUUACUAAGCUGCCAACCGCAUUUGGCUGCUCUCCCAAGCUUCGCUCCGUGGUCGACAACCAGGUCCGCGGAACCCCGAUCGUCAACGGCCAUGUGUCCCAGCUGUCGGCGAAGAUCCGUACCUUUGUGGAGGAGUCCGUGGCCAUGUGCCAACCGGAUCGUAUCCACAUCGUCGAUGGUGGCGAUCAGGAAGCUACCACGCUGUUGAACACCCUUCAAGCUCUUGGAACGAUCGAGCCACUGCCCAAGUACGAGAACUGCUGGCUGGCCCGUACCAACCCGGCUGACGUGGCCCGUGUCGAGUCGAAGACGUUCAUCUGUACCGAGCGUCGCGAGCAGGCUAUUCCCACGCCAAAGGAAGGCGUCCAGGGAUCUCUGGGCAACUGGAUCUCGCCCGAUGACUACCAGACGGCGAUCCGUUCCCGAUUCCCGGGCUGCAUGAAGGGACGCACCAUGUACGUGGUACCGUUCGCGAUGGGACCGAUCAAUUCUCCGUUGUCCAAGUUUGGAAUUGAAGUUACCGAUUCGGCGUACGUCGUCUGUUCGAUGCGCAUCAUGACCCGCAUGGGACAGGAGGUGCUGGAGAAGCUGGCUGACAAUUCGGACUUUAUCAAGUGUCUCCACUCUGUGGGUAAUCCGGCCAGCGGAAAGAUCACCAUGCCCUCGUGGCCCUGCGAUCCAGAGCGUGUCAUCAUCCUGCACAAACCGGCCAACAACGAAAUCGUCUCGUACGGAUCCGGCUACGGCGGUAACUCGCUGCUUGGCAAGAAGUGCUUCGCUCUGCGUAUCGGAAGCACCAUUGCCCAGCGCGAGGGAUGGCUCGCCGAGCACAUGCUGAUCCUGGGCGUCACCGAUCCCAACGGUGUGAAGAAGUACAUUGCCGCCGCUUUCCCGUCCGCCUGCGGAAAGACAAACCUGGCCAUGAUGACCCCGACUCUGCCCGGAUACAAGAUGGAGUGCGUAGGAGACGACAUCGCGUGGAUGAAGUUCGAUUCCAAGGGUCAGCUGCGUGCGAUCAACCCGGAGAACGGAUUCUUCGGCGUAGCCCCCGGCACCUCAUCGGAAACUAACCCGAACGCCAUGGAGACCUGCUACAAGAACACGAUCUUCACAAACGUGGCCGCCACCUCGGACGGUGGUGUCUUCUGGGAAGGCAUGGAAAAGGAAAUUGACCCCUCCGUUGAAAUCACCGACUGGUUGGGCCAGCCAUGGAAGAUGGGAGUCUCCAAGACCCCAGCAGCUCACCCCAACUCUCGAUUCUGUGCCCCCGCCAGCCAAUGCCCCAUCAUCGACCCGGCCUGGGAAGACAACGAGGGAGUCCCAAUCUCCGCCAUCCUCUUCGGAGGUCGUCGUCCAGAGGGUGUCCCCCUCGUCUACGAAGCCAACUCGUGGUCCCACGGAGUCUUCAUCGGAUCGGCCAUGCGCAGCGAGACAACUGCAGCGGCAGAACACAAGGGCAAGAUGAUCAUGAACGAUCCGUUCGCGAUGCGUCCCUUCUUCGGGUACAACUUCGGUGACUACCUGAAGCACUGGCUGAGCAUGGAAGAACGCGCCAACAAGGUCGGAGGUCACAUGCCCAAGAUCUUCCACGUCAACUGGUUCCGCAAGGGUGCCAACGGCAAGUUCCUGUGGCCUGGAUUUGGCGAGAAUACCCGCGUUCUGGACUGGAUCCUGCAGCGAGUGGACGAACAUGACUGCUUCCAGGAGACCGCCAUUGGUCGUAUCCCGUCGGCCGGUGCCCUGAACUUUGAUGGACUGACCUGCCCCGUGGACGAAGAAGAACUGUUUUCCAUUCCGAAGGACUUUUGGCUGCGCGAAGUUGAGGAGAUAAAGCAGUACUACGACAACCAGUUGCCGUGCGAUUUGCCUCAGGAGAUCGCCCAGCAGCUGGCUGAGCUCAAGGAGCGCGUUGUGCAGAUGUGAAUUUAUUUUUUUAUGAUUAUGCAGUAGUGAUGUAGUUUGUAGAUUAAGAGGACUCAAGAUGUAAAAAUAACUGAGGCAUUUAUUAUCAAUAAAACUUUAAAAUUAAAA